GUAAUAAUAAUCAACAACAACAACAACAAUCUGUUCAACAAAGAUCAACAAUGGUCAAUACAAACAAUAUGGCUACUGUUUCUGGAACCAAUAAUAAUGAUAUUAUUUCUAAUGAUGAUGAUGAUGAUGAUGGUGGUGGUUGUAAUAGCACAACAAAUGAUCGACACCUGUUUACAUCACGACAUAUACAUACUAGCCAUUAUCAUCAUCAUCAUCAUCAUACACCUAUUGGCCAUGGCCAUCAUGAUAAUAAUAAUAAUGAUACCUCUUCCAUAUCGGUCGAUAAUAAUGAUGAUCAAAUAUCAACGAUUGGUUCCAGACAAUCUACGUCCUCCGUUUCAUCAGUAUCAUCAUCGCCGCCACCACCACCACCACCACCACAAUCGGCAUUGACAUCGCCCAAUGGCCGUGUUUCAGUUAAAAAAUUAGCUAGACAAGCAUCAAGAUCACGAAGUUCAUCGAGAGUGAAGAAAAAAUUAUGCAUUAAUCCAGUCAUGACCAAUGUUGCCAUGGCCGUUGAAGCAGCUAAUCCACCAUAUUAUUAUGAAUCUAAAUCUCAACCACAACCGCAACAACUACAACAACAGCAAUCAAGUCAACAAGAUUCGCCUCCAUCAUCAUCAGCAUCCAAUAAUACCUCAUCAUCAUCAUCAUCAUCAAAUUUAAAUUGUACGUCUUCCAUAUUGUCUGCCAACGGUAGCCAUCAAAAUCAUGAAUAUCACCAUCAAUUGGAAUCUAUAAUUGUUGCUACCUCUUCCUCUUCCACCAGUUCUUCUCAAAAUUCUUCUGUCGAGUUACAAAAUAUUCCAUUAUCAAAAGAUUCACCUUCUUCAUCAAAAUCGAUGAUCGGGUUUGAAAAUCUUUCAACAGCUACAAAAACGACGUCAUCAUCAACCACGGCAACAAAUGGUGUUGCUAAUAUUGAUGAUCAAGAAGAUAUGCUGUUAUUAGCCGAUGAUAAUAAUGCCUGUUCGGCAUCGCCAACUGAUCCUCAUCAAUCUUCAUCAAAUUUAAAUUCGGGCCUUGAAUCUCAUAGCGAUCAUCAUCGACAUCAUCUGAGUAAUUCUCCUGUAAAUCAUCAUUCACCACCUUAUGAUUUACGUAGAAAAUCUGGUCCAAAUUUAAAUUCAAAUCCGAAUUCUGUUGUCACCACUGAAACAUCAUCAUCAUCGAUUUCUCAACAAGAUCAAUGCAAUGGACAAUCAUCUAGUAAUGACAAUACACUUAUUGCAACAAAUACUGCCAAUAUGAUUGUGCCGAAUCAACAAACAAACGAAUGUCCAUCGAACCAUUUAACAACUAGACAACAUAGCCAUGGCCGUUCAUAUCGACCACAAAACAAUCAAAGUCACAGUCCAUCAACGAAAGUCCUUGCCGAUAAAAAUCAAUAUAUUAGCCAGGAUGGAGCAGCUGCAAGUUAUCUACUCUAUCAACUUCCCGACGAAGUAUUGCUUUUGAUAUUCUCUUAUCUAUACGAAGUAGAUUUGUGCCAUGUAUCAGAAGUUUGUAAACGAUUCCAUAAAAUUGCUAAUGACUGUAAACUAUGGAAAAAUCUAUACCAGGAUCGUUAUGAAUAUGAUAAUCCAAUGUUUUAUCGUGGUGUUGCCAAAUUUGAAAUAGUUCCAGCAGCGGAAUGUGACCUAGAUAAUCCAUGGAAAGAAAGUUUUCAACAAUUGUAUUACGGAAUCCAUGUACGACCUGGACGAUUGGAACAAAUUGAAAAGGAUCCACAAAGGUAUCGUGGUCAAUCGGUGGUCUAUUUUGAUACAAUUGAACAGGCAUACAAUUAUUCAGAAGACUUUGAUAAUUGUUUUAUAUUCAUACACUCUGGUCAUUAUAAAUUUGAUUAUCUCAUGAUUGAUUCGAAUGUUAAUUUUAUUGGUGCUGCUCCGGGAAAUAUUGCCGAAAAUGUUAUUUUGGAAAAGGAAACCGAAUCGACCAUAACAUUUGUUGAAGGUGCACGUGAAGCCUAUCUUGGAUAUGUGACCUUGAAGUUUACACCCGACCAAUCAACUUCAGCACAACAUCAUAAACAUUAUUGCCUGAAAAUCGGUGAGAAUAGCUCACCGACCAUUGAUCAUUGUACAAUUCGUUCCACAUCAGUGGUUGGUGCAGCUGUCUGUGUUUCCGGCGCUGGCUCUGAACCAACCAUUCGACAUUGUGAUAUCAGCGAUUGUGAGAAUGUCGGUCUUUAUAUUACCGAUUAUGCACAAGGUAUCUAUGAAGAGAAUGAAAUCUCUCGAAACGCAUUGGCUGGUGUUUGGGUUAAGAAUCAUGCGAAUCCAAUUAUGCGUCGUAAUCAUAUUCAUCAUGGUCGUGAUGUUGGUGUAUUCACAUUCGAUAAUGGAUUAGGCUAUUUCGAAGCAAACAACAUACAUAAUAAUCGUAUUGCCGGUUUCGAAGUGAAAGCUGGUGCUAAUCCAACUGUGACUCGAUGUGAAAUCCAUCAUGGUCAAACUGGUGGCAUCUAUGUUCAUGAAUCAGGUCGUGGCCAGUUUAUAGAAAAUCGUAUUCAUUCCAAUAAUUUUGCUGGAGUAUGGAUUACAUCACAAUCGAAUCCAACCAUACGACGGAAUGAAAUCUACAAUGGUCACCAAGGAGGCGUUUAUAUAUUUGGUGAAGGUCGUGGUCUUAUCGAACAUAAUAAUAUCUAUGGAAAUGCCUUAGCCGGAAUUCAGAUACGUACUGCUAGCGAUCCUAUUGUUCGAUUCAAUAAAAUUCAUCAUGGUCAACAUGGUGGUAUUUAUGUUCACGAAAAAGGCCUAGGUUUGAUUGAAGAAAAUGAGGUUUAUGCAAAUACAUUGGCCGGCGUAUGGAUUACAACAGGAUCGACACCUACAUUACGUCGUAAUCGAAUUCAUUCGGGUAAACAAGUUGGUGUUUAUUUCUAUGAUAAUGGCCAUGGUCGAUUAGAAGAAAACGAUAUCUUCAAUCAUCUGUAUUCUGGUGUGCAGAUCCGAACCGGAUCGAAUCCGGUUAUUCGAAGGAAUAAAAUUUGGGGCGGUCAAAAUGGUGGUGUUCUUGUUUACAAUGGUGGCCUUGGUUUAUUGGAACAAAAUGAAAUUUUCGAUAAUGCAAUGGCUGGUGUUUGGAUCAAAACCGAUUCAAAUCCAACAUUAAGGCGGAACAAAAUAUACGAUGGCCGUGAUGGUGGUGUAUGUAUAUUCAACGGUGGUAAAGGUGUACUUGAAGAUAAUGAUAUAUUCCGUAAUGCACAAGCUGGUGUUUUGAUUUCAACACAAUCACAUCCAUUAUUGAGAAGAAAUCGUAUUUUUGAUGGUUUAGCUGCCGGUGUAGAGAUCACGAACAAUGCAACAGCCAUAUUGGAAUUUAAUCAAAUAUUUAACAAUCGUUUUGGUGGCUUAUGUUUAGCAUCAGGUGUUUUACCGAUGUUGAAAAAUAACAAAAUUUAUGAUAAUCAUAAUGCAGUCGAAAAGGCUGUAAAUAGUGGCCAAUGUCUAUAUAAAAUAUCAUCAUAUACCAGUUUUCCUAUGCAUGAUUUUUUUCGCUGUCGUACUUGUAACACAACAGAUCGAAAUGCUAUUUGUGUUAAUUGUAUAAAAACUUGUCAUAAUGGACAUGAUGUUGAAUUUAUUCGCCAUGAUAGAUUUUUUUGCGAUUGUGGUGCACGAACAUUAAGCAAUCAAUGUCAACUACAAGAUGAACCAACACAGGAUACGGAUACAUUAUAUGAUUCAGCAGCACCGAUGGAAUCACAUACACUGAUGGUGAAUUGAACCAUAUUAAAAAAAAAAAUAGUGCAAUUUUCGAUGAAAAGAGAAAAAAAAACCAAAGAUAAUUUGAAAUUGCAAACUUCCAUUCUUCGUAGUAUACUGUAAUUCUUUACAUUAAAUGUACAAAAAAACACUCAUCACCCACUUAGGAAUUUUUUUUUAACAAAUUUUUUUUUCAUUUCAUUUCAUUUCAUCAACAUUUGUAUAUCAUUCAUGUCACAAAUAAUCCAUCAUUCCGAUUCUCAUUCAUUCAUUCAUUCAUCACUACCAACCAACCAACCAACCAAACAGGCUGCCUCUCUUUAUAGGAAUUCUUUUUUUUUCUCCAUUAUUUUAUCAACCAAAAAAAAAAAAACAAAAAUUCGUGCAAUUCCUUUUUCCAUCUUGUAAACAACAACAACAAUCUAUCUAUCAAUCAUCAAUCAAAUUAUUAUUAUGAUAAACAAAACACAGUAAAAACA